AUGCAAUAUCGUAGAAUAACGGAAGUGAUUGAAGACGACAACAAAAUUGAGAGACCUUCAAGUCAACCCGGUAGUGCGAAUGCGAAGACAGCCAAGGCAAACCCUGACCGCGUCCAUGUGUUUAUCGGGCCCAAGACMCCCGCCGAAGCCGAUACGACAGGCGACGAUGUUACUCAAUUCAAACGAGUUCAUAUAAUCGCUGGACCUGAUACCAGACGCCCUGCUGCUGGGACUCUACAGCCUUUGGCUAGCACCGAUUUAAACUUUGACAUGAAUACUUAUCGUCGACCGACGCUACCGGCCCCUACAGAAUUAUUCAAUAGUGGCACCGUUUUAGGAACUGACGCAUACUCACUCCUAGAGGACAGCUCACCUAUCACCGUCAGCACUCGUCGUGUCUUUGCAUACGAAAGUGAUGACGGGAAUGAAGUCACUAUGAGCGUUGCUACCGCAGAAGAAGCCGAAAAGGACCUUCUGCAUAUACGACGACGCGGAUUUGACAGUCUUUCUAGUUCAGCAGAAAUCUCAUUGAUGCCGUCGCUGCAUGAGGACGAAGAGCCUGUUAGUGUCGCGUAG